ACAGAAACCAUACCAUAAUCACGAGACAGUUAAACAUGGCUGCCUCCUGAUUCCUCCCCCGCGACGUCGCCCACCAUAUCCCAACAACCCACCAACCACUUCCACUCCACUUUCGAACGGUCCUCGGACCUUCACCACAACGUGCUUCGUCAAUCCAACGACCACUCCGUGAAAACCCUCCAACCGUCCACGACGGCUUCACAACAGCAAACAUGGCUUCCACCACCAGUUUCACCACGGCAUACGCCCCAACCUGUGUUCUCACAAGACUUCGAGCUCUUCCAACAUACGCCGACCCUCCCACCGGCCCCUCCUCGUCGCGCGCCAUCGCACGCUUCGACUCUGCUUCCUACGUUUAACCUCGCCUCCCAGGCGCCGGCGUUCUACCCGAACGGACAACACGACUCCACUCAACAGAAGCACGAAUCUAUCCUCGACCGGUCUACUCGCCCUCCAGUUCCACUCUUCCACUCCAACAACUCUACCGGCAAUCUGGCACAGAACCAGUUCCAGCAAGUAACAGAUAUUACAGCAUUCGCAAUGGGUGGCUCAGCCAACGUUGCCUAUGAUGGCACCUUCGGCGACCUCAGCGCUGCUGGGGACGCCGAAUUGUUCCAGUAUGCAGGCGGCUUCGACGACUUUGAGCUCAUGCCCGCGGGAAACAGUUUCGGCUCUCUUGACGACAGCAUCGUCAACGCUGGCACCAUUUCUCCAAAGGAUUUGCUCAACGACUCCGUUCCUCCGUCUACGUCUUUUACAAACCUGACGACUCCUGGAUCUACUCUCCUUGAUACCCCGGAUGACUACGAAACUUCACCCCUCUUCACCGACAGCAUGGCUGCCGACAACUCCUGGUUCUCCCUGUUCCCCGAGGAGUCCGAUGUUAUGCCUUCCAUGGAGCGCACCUCAUCAAACCACGUCAUCGUACACCCUGGCGGCGAAGGCAUUCCUCGCAAGCGCAGCUCAACACAGGCGUCACCAACCUUCAGCCCUGCUGCAAGGCACUCGGACGUCGCCGGUGUGAACGCUCGCAAGCGUGACAAGCCGUUGCCACCUAUCGUUGUCGACGAGGCUGACCCUGUGGCUCUCAAGCGUGCACGAAACACUGCUGCCGCUCGAAAGUCGCGAGCCAAGAAGGUCAUGGAGAAAGAUGAGCUUGAGGCUGAGAUCGCUGAUCUCAAGGCUCAGGUCGAGUUCUGGAAGCAGAAGGCACUGGCCAGCGAGGGAGGUAGCACCUCGGAUUAGAUGUCCGCAGGUGUCAGCACCCUUUCGGCUAAGGUCUUCCUAUCACCGACAUGAACGACACAGCAACAGAAAUAUGCGUCAACAGGACGCUGGUGGUGGAAAACUUUCUUUCUCUUUCGGAUUCUGCUUUCGGAGCGCAACAGGCGCCUUGUCGCCCAGGCCUUUCGCCAUUCCAAGAUUUCCUACUGCGGCUUUUCGGUUAUGGAUUGCAUCUGAUGUCUCCUGCGCAUGACUUGACUGUCUGUCGUGGUUGAUUGACUCGUUGCAUGGAUUUUUCGCGUUCGUCGGACAGACAGAUUGGUGUCUACUUAGACAGUCAAUAAAAGUUAUUGCGUUCUUCACA